CUUCACACCACCAUGGCCGCGCAAAGAACUGCCGUAAAGACUACAUACGAGGUCGCCCGCACCUUGCAGCCUAUAUACUCGGGCGGGAGCCUGGCAUUGAGCCAGGACGGGCGCAUUCUAGCUGCGAGCUUGGGUGAAGAUGUCCUCCUCACCAACCUCUCCAAUGGACAAGAGCUUGGAAGAAUCGAGGGCGACGGUGAACCCAUCACUGCACUGACCUUAACGCCCUCGGCAUCGCAUCUCAUAGUAUGCUCGCGAUCGCUAUCUAUGCGCCUCUUUUCCCUCAGUCCCUCAGAGAGCGAAGACGAUUCUAUCGAGCUAGAGCUCCUCCGUACGCUCAAGCCGCAUACGUCUCCUGUAGUGACAUUGGCGACAGACCGCACGGGAACACUGCUGGGAACCGGAGGCGCAGAUGGUGUCGUCAAGGUUUGGGAUAUUCGCGGCGGCUACACUACCCAUACCUUCCAUGGCCACGGUGGUGUUGUUUCCGCGCUUCACUUUUUCGAGGUAGAGGUCGCCGAGGGGGACGAUACAUCCGAGAACAACAAAAAGAGGAAGAGGAAGUCGAGGCAGGAGGGCAUAGAGGCGGAAGAAGCUCAGGGCGAGAGCCGGAUACAGUUUCGACUGGCAUCUGGUGCUGAGGAUGGCAAAAUACGCAUCUGGGAUCUGCACAAGAGAAAGAGCGCCGCAGUACUGGAUUCGCAUGUUUCUGUGGUUCGAUCGCUGCAGUAUUCGCCGCACCAAAAGGUACUUGUCUCUGGCAGCAGAGACAAGACUUUGAUUGUGUGGGACUCGCACAAAUGGAAAGCACAGAGAACAAUUGCUGCGCUGGAAGGAAUCGAAAGCGCUGGUUUCAUUGCAGAUGGCAUGACUCUGUACUCUGGUGGAGAAAAUGGCCGAGUCCGACUUUGGUCAGCAUCGAGCGGACGGGAGCUCACCGCAGAGCAAGAGCCUGGAAUAGAGACGGACGAGAUUGUCAAUAUCCUCCACUACCCGUCAUUACCGUACCUGAUCUCGGUCCAUGCCGAUCAGGUGCUCAACUUCCACUCUCCCAAAUCCGCCGAGUCGCUUGUUAUGGAAGAAACCAUCGAGCCUCUGGCAGUCUUCCGCCGCGUCUCUGGAACGCAUGACGAAGUCAUUGACAUUGCAUACGUUGGCCGCGACAAAUCUCUUAUGGCAUUGAACACCAACUCGGAGGACAUCCGGAUCAUUAGGCUAAACGAGUCAGACGGAGGCGAUGCGACAGAAGGCAGAUACUUUGGCGCAGAUGUAGGACUUCUCAAAGGGCAUGAUGACAUUGUCAUCUGUCUGGAUGUCGAUUGGUCAGGGCAUUGGCUCGUUACAGGUGCAAAAGACAACACAGCCCGGCUAUGGAGAUUGGAUCCUGAAAACGGAUCGUAUACGUGCGCAGCAGUCCUCACCGGCCACGCCGAAUCACUGGGGGCCAUUGCGCUGCCUCACACAGUGCCCCAAGAAUCCUCGGCUGCAUUCACAGACCCGCUAUCACAUCCUCCAGCCUACAUUGUAACCGGAUCACAAGAUCGGACGGUUAAGCGAUGGGACACCACCAAGGAAAUGAAGGGAAAACUACGAGCAAAAUACACCCGCAAAGCACACGACAAGGACAUUAACGCAAUCGACAUUGAUCCGUCUGGGACGCUGUUCGCUUCUGCCUCGCAAGACCGCACAGUCAAGAUAUACUCUGCUGCCGAGGGAGAGGCUAUCGGUGUCCUUCGAGGCCACCGACGUGGUGUUUGGAGCGUCAAGUUUGCGCCAAAAGACUCACAGGCUCCAAACUCGGGUGGCAAAGGCUUGAUUGCCACUGGCAGUGGAGACAAGACAGUCAAGAUUUGGAGCCUGGCAGACUACAGCUGUCUGCUUACCCUCGAAGGACAUUCCAACAGUGUCUUGAAGCUCGCAUGGCUCCCUUAUCGUCCGGUUGAUGCGCGAGACAAGCGAGGACCGCAAGUAGCCUCUGCCGCUGGUGACGGACUGGUCAAAAUCUGGGACUCCGUCUCAGGCGAGGCCAUGUCCACACUCGACAACCACACCGAUCGCGUUUGGGCCCUCGUUGCGCAUCCGCAAACGGGUGCUCUCGUGUCUGGCGGUGGCGACAGCGUCAUCACCUUCUGGCAAGACACGACAAGCACCACGCUCGAAGCGGCCACCAGCGCCGAAACCGAACGCAUCGAGCUCGACCAAAAGCUGCAAAACUACGCCUACGCCGGAAACUACCGCGACGCCAUCGUUCUCGCCCUGCAAAUGGACCAGCCCGCCCGCCUCUUCUCCCUCUUCAAAUCCGUCGUCGAAACAGACAACCCCGACACAAACAGCCUUUCAGGCCUCGCCUCCGUCGACGACGUCCUAAACAACAACUAUGAGUGUGAAAAUAUGACAUUGAAAUGUGCACACGCCAUAGUACAUAAAUUCAGGAAAAAAAAAGAAGAAAAAAAAGAGAUAAAACCCCCCCCCCCCAUAUCUACAUACAUAACAUGCAUCUCAACCAUAUUUUUUUGGCAAACCCGCCUACGUACGUACCUACUCGACCAUAGCCACAUCCCUCUCAAGUCGCAUCUGCGCGGUACCAUUAGGAACAGCAGCCAGCUCGCCAGCCACCUCAUCCAUUUCAUUGAGGGUAAAAUCAAGCAGAUAGCUCUCAUCGACAAGGUCCUCAACGCGCUUGUAGUGCCUCUCAGAAUACACUUUGAUAGCGUCGAGGACAUCCUUCAAGCUACCCUUGGCACCGACCUUGGCGCGGGGUCGGAGGGCGGCGAGGCGGGAGGCAGGAUAGGAUUUUACGAUUGUAAAGAGGAUUUUCUGGGCGAUGGGGGCGGUGCGGACGUUUGUGUUCCAGUCGCGGAGGCGGAGGAGCAGCUUGUAGAGCUGUUGGUCGGCAAGCGAGGCGCGGUCUGA